GAAAAACCGUGCGUGGGAAGGAAACCGGCGUCUUUGAGGUUCUCAAUAACAUCGAAUCAGGAGAUCCGACCCGAUAAAUAAAAACACAGAUUCGGAAGACGGAAGCAGAAAAGGCCUAGAAACCCUAGAAAAACCCCGUCCAAAUUCUACGAGAAUCAUCAGCUGCUCCUGCAGAAAGAAGCGAAAAUUUAAAUUCUGGGAGAGAAUGGGAAAGAAGAAGAAGAGAGCAUCGUCAAAAGUAUGGUGCUAUUACUGCGAUAGGGAAUUCGAUGACGAGAAGAUUUUAGUACAGCACCAGAAAGCCAAGCAUUUCAAGUGCCAUGUCUGCCAUAAAAAGCUAUCGACCGCUGGUGGCAUGGCCAUUCAUGUCCUCCAGGUCCACAAAGAGUCCGUCUCCAAGGUUCCCAAUGCAAAACCUGGAAGAGAAUCAACUGAUAUUGAAAUAUAUGGAAUGCAAGGAAUCCCACCUGAUGUUCUCGCUGCUCACUAUGGAGAAGAAGAAGAUGAGAAUCCAUCAAAAGCUGCUAAAGUGGAUAUUCCAUCAGCUCAGCUUGUCGGUGGUAUGGUGCCAGGACCAUUGGGUGCUGGAUAUCCUCCACGACCUCUUGCUGCAAUGCAGCCAAGUUAUAAUUCUGCUGUACCUGCUCCUCAUGCUGGUUGGCUGGUUCCUCCUCGUUCACAACAUUGGUUGCCACAGCAUCCUGCAGUUUCAGUUCCUUCUUCUGCCCCAAUCACAUAUACCCAGCAGCCACUAUUUCCUGUACAAAAUGUGAGGCCUCCUGUGCCAUCAACCAUGACACCUGCACUCAUACCUUCGCAAGUAACUCCUCCAGGACUGCCCACAUCCACACCAUCUGUAUCACAACCAUUGUUCCCUGUUGUUAACAAUAAUUUGCCUCAAAGUUCAACAUUUUCUGCUCCUUUUCCUUCGAAAAGUCUCUUAUCAAGCUCGCCUGCAGAAGUUAAAGGUUCAAUGAAUGUGCAUUUGGGAGUCAAUGCUUCAGUGACAACUGGCUACCUUACUCAGAGUGCUUCAGCAUCUGGGACACUAGGCAAUACACAUUCUUAUGCCUCUGGUCCAAAUACUGGUGGCCCUUCUAUUGGACCGCCCCCUGUAAUUGCAAACAAGGCACCUGUCAUCCAGCCAGCUGUUAAUGAAGUCUAUCUUGUUUGGGAUGAUGAGGCGAUGUCCAUGGAGGAAAGAAGAAUGUCCUUACCAAAGUAUCAGGUGCAUGAUGAAACUAGCCAGGUAAGUUGUGACUACCCCUUUACUAUUUGGAGUUGGUUUGCACGUCUAACUAGAUGGGUAGGCUUUAUGCCUUUUGUUUUCAGAUACAGUUGUUUACGCAUUGUUACCUAUUUAGAGAGGUAUUUCUGUAUGAAUUUCCAAUUUUUUCUUUUUCUUAACUCGUCAACAAACCCACAGUUUGCAAAUGGUUAUGUGCCUUGUAGUCAAGUAUCUUUUGACUUCUAAUGUCCAUUGGCUGAUGGGCAUGCUGUUUCUGUUUUUGUUUUCCGUGAUUAUGUGGUUGUCAGAUGAUUCAACUAGUCAUAUUUGUUAAUUAUGUCGGUAUUUAGUUAUUACUGUUUUGACAAGCUUGCUGGAAUCAAAUCGAGGAUUCUCCUUCUCCUCCUUCCUAACGUCAUUCUCAGUUAACAAAAGUGUAUGUAUUGCUUAUUUAGAAUUUGAAUUUAUUUGUUGUUAUUCUUCUCCCUAUGCUUGACUUUGAAAUGUGGGGUUUGGGUGGAACAAGAUGACACCCAACAGAUUUUUGCUCAUUCCUAGCAUGAUUACAAUUUAUUUUUAUCAUCGAACAGUGAAGUCGGACUUGGCCCAGGUCAGCAUCUUUCGCAAAGUUUGGCAUCUUUCGCAAUAGGACCAAGCUUUCAAAUACCUGGUUUAUCCAACUGAUUUCUAGUCACAAUUCAUUUCUUCUCAUUGUUGUUGCUUGUUGCAGAUGAGCUCCAUUGAUGCAGCUAUUGACAGAAGAAUAUUGGAAAGCAGGCUUGCUGGUCGAAUGGCAUUUUAGAAACUGAAGGCUACUUGGAAUCUUUUUGCAGAUGCGAAGCCCUGCUGAGCGCCACAAAAUUCAUAUUAAAUGCGUGGGGAUCCCUGGUUCUUGUUUGCAUCCUUCAGGAUCAUGCUUGUGUUGUAUUCUUUACAAGGUAGUGAGAUAAAAUGAGCCCCCAUUCUUUAGCUUGUAGGUUAAAUCUCGAGGGAUGGCGGCAACAAUCUUUCUGUCCCUUUCAAUCUUUCUUUCUUUCCUUUUUUUAACCUUUGAAAAAAAAAAAAAACGUGUGAGCCUGUUAGGUUAAUAUAUUUUAGUUCGCUCUUAUUAUCUGGCUCAAUCUCUUGCCGUCAUUUUGCAUGUACCUCGUGAAACUUGGAAUUGGAUCUGCUGUGAGCAUUAUUUUCUUGUUUUAUGGAUUUAAGUUUCACUAUUCAUUAAA